AAAAACGACACGCCUCCCCGGUAAACUCCCAUUUUCAACACACCCCCAUCCCUCCCUCCCCGCCGCGCGAAGAUGGAUCGCCGCCGCCUCCUCGUUCUCCUCGCCGCCGCCGUCGCGUCCCUCCUCGCCGGAGCGGCGGCCGACGGCGACACGAUCUACGACCACCUCCGGCGCUACGGCCUCCCCAUCGGCCUCCUCCCCAAGGGCAUCACCGACUACUCCAUCGACCCGGCCACUGGCCAGUUCCGGGUCGGGCUGACCCAGCCGUGCAACGCCCGGUUCGAGAACGAGGUCCACUACGACCUCAACGUCUCCGGCACCCUCCAGUUCGGCGCGAUCGGGGAGCUGUCCGGCAUCUCCGCGCAGGAGCUCUUCCUGUGGUUCCCGGUCAAGGGCAUCCGCGUCGACGUCCCCAGCUCCGGCGUCAUCCACUUCGACGUCGGCGUCGUGGACAAGCAGUUCUCGCUCUCCCUCUUCGAGUCCCCUCCCGAUUGCACCGCCGCCGUCGAGCCCGAGGGCGGCGACGACCCCGAUCGCCCCGAUCGCAACGAUCCCCAGCUCGCGCUGCAUGUCCAGGAGAACGUAUUAAAGGCUGUCUCAUAGUUGGUGACCAGAAGACAAGGAACAGUAUAUGAUUGCUCCGUUGCUUUGGACCUGAGUCUGUAAGAAGUCUGCUUUGGUAGGUCUAUGCUUUUGAUAUACAAGUGCUUAGUGCUUUCAUAUAGACUUUGGGGCCAAAAUCUAUCUUUAGAGGAGGAAGUGUGGCAAUUUUAGCAAAGAAGAGGGAGAAUGGAGUGUGUGAAAAUGAGGAGGAGAUGGGUUCUGGUGGUCUGUUCAUUAUGUUUUGGCUUUAAUAAAUAUUUCUGGGCGUAGCCUCUGUAUCUUGUGAUUAAACAAACAGGACAAUAUUGUUCUUGUGUCAUCUGUAUAUGAGGAGAGUUAUUGUUUCAUUAUAAUUAUCCACUGACAACGGUUUA